AUGAGGCCAAAAUUGAGCCUGUUUUCAAAGAACCAAGAUGAAGCAUUGGAAGAAGAGGAUGAUAAGAAUGAUAUUGAUCUCCGUGACAACAAUGUUGGAGAUUUGGACACAUAUUAUGUGCAAGAGACCAUGGAACCUUCCAUCCUGUAUUCCCGUGGCUUUGCAUCGGAAUCGGACGAUAAUGGACCUAAUGAAGAAGUUGAUGAGGAGGGGUUCACGGCAAAGGAUGCCGAAGCUUUCGAGAAGAAAACCCCUCCCCAAACUCCCGACACAACCCGCGCUCCUCGUCUUCUCCAAUCGACACACCCCGCCGCUCUGACACGGGCGCAUCAACGCCGGAGCUCCCCUGCUCAGCUUUGCCGUGCUGCUCCCCUGCUCUCCCGCACGUCCUCCUCCACUGCCGGGGAUGCCUACGCCACUGCUCCCUCCUGCCUCGCGCAGCUCCCCUGGCCCCCUUGCCUGCCUCCCAAAUGUCCCCUCUUUCACCCCCAAAGUCGUUUCUUCUUUCUCCCGCUGCGUCUCCUGCUUGCGCGCUGCGGCGACACCUCCUCCUCGUUGCCCCCGACGCCGGAGGAGGCACGGGGCAAGCAGCAGUGUCUCGCGCUGCGCUUGCGCCACCUCGGGUGCGCGUGGGCCUACGCGUCGGUCGCCGCCUCGGCCGUGCGCCAGUCCGCAAAGGAGGAGGAAGGGGAUUCCGUUCGCCGCCAAGGCGUACUGGGUAUGCUCCUCGAGUCCCCGCUCUUCAGGCCCCUCCUCACCUCCCUCAUCAAGAAGCAGAACAACAUGACGCAGAUGCUGCAGCGCACGGGGAUCCCUGACCGGCCCAUGUUCUUCCCGGAGUACAAGCAAAAGCAGCUAUGAGAAACUUUUCAUUCAGUCAAGUUCUACUGAUUUUUGGUCUUCUUGAAUUUUGUAUAGUUGAGAUAGAUGUUCUACUUCUUUCAUUCAGUCAGGCUCUACUGAAACAUUUUGCAGAAACAAUGUUCUGCUGAAACUGAAAAAAGGAACAUAAACAUAAAUGUUCUGCUGAAACUGAAAAAAGGAACAGAACCACACCUGAAUAAUUUGUACUCCUCCUUAAUUCUUCAAUAGAUUUAAAAAUGUUCAGACUUUGAAUGUUCACUGAAUUAGUAAAUCUUGUCUUUCCUAAAAACUGAAUUUGUAUAUUAAGUCUUUGCUAAAGAGAAAUAGUAAAUCCUAUCAUAACAAAUGUUCAUUCAGAAGUGUUAAGAAAUCUUCAGUUUUUUAUCCUGAAAUGUUCAAUUUUUUGCUCUCUAAAUUGUGUGCCUUUAUUGCUCAUUCAGUGCUCAGUACAGUAUUCAGUUUGAGUAAAAUUCAGUUCGUGUGGUGAGUUGAAGAGCAUUGCUCCCUGCCUUGCUAUGCCUAGUUAUGUUAACUACAGUAUCAUUGUCUACUUUGGGGUCUUUUUGUGGUGAAAGUAUGGGUCUUUUUGUAUGGUGGCAAGAUGACUAGAUGGAUUCAAAUAAAUCUAGCUAAUUCAAAUAAUUCCAAGUUAAUAAAAAUAAAUCCAAAUUAAUUCAAAUAAUUAAGAAUAGGAAUAAGAAUAAUUCAAACUAUUUCAAAUAAUUAAGAAGAAGAAGAAGAAAUCAAAUAAUUAAGAAGAAGAAGUACGGCGAGGUAUUCGUAAUGGCGUCAAGUCACCCUUGCCAUAUGGAUCAUAUGUAACUCUUGCUGCUAGCCUAGAGGAGUACAUUUUCGUGCUUCAAGUCUGAACUUAUGUAUGGAAAAUGCAUGCUUCGAGUCUGAACCGAUGCACUCCAUUUUGUGGUGAUUAGUUGCCACUUCUGUAUGCACUAAGAAAAAGAAGCCUGAACAUGGCAUGCAUGCUUUCUUGUGGUGUUAGCAUCCCAGCAUUGAUCAACACAGCUUGUCCUCACAAGCACAUAGAAAAUGACAGGUUCUGAACACCAAGUUGACAGGUUCUGAACAUCAAGUUGACUGAACACAGCUUGUCCUCACAAGCACUUUAUUUGUUUUAUGAAACUUCUUGUAAUAUGCAUAGAAAUGUAUAACAAUAAUUGGAGUAUUUAUGAUGAUCAAAGUGUUUCUUACUCAAGUGCAAUUUGUUGAGCUAUUGCUACUGCUUAAUCAAACAAUGCAUACCAAUCUGCUCCUGCUUAUGUUUGGGACUUUGGGGUGCUGCAUCGAUGUGCAUCAAACAUGAUUAAGUUUUUUUUGCUGUGAUAAUCCAAAAUGCUUCAGACUGCUAGAUUCAGUUUCUAGUGAUAAUCCAAAAUGCUUCAGACUGCAUAAAAUGCUUCUUUUGCUGUGAUAAUCCAAAAUGCUUCUUUUGAGUACAGUAGCUGUCAAAUUUAGCCUAUCUUGAUCUUGGGCUUGAGAGCUUCUUUAGCAAGAUCACUGGAUGCAGUGUACUCUGCUGGAGCUUCUUUAGCCUAUCUUGAGCUUGAGCUUGGGAGCUAUCUUGAGCUUGCGAGUAUAGUUGUACGUUUGCUCACAAUGGUGUAUUGAAAAUUGCAAGUUAUAUAGUGUAGUGUUUUGUAAAUUCAGACUAGAUUUGAGCAAGAUAAACUUUACUGUUAUGAUUGAUAAAGAAAACUUUAGUGUUAUUUAGAUUCAGAGCAAGUAAAGGAAAAUUUAAUAAAAGUUAGUCUUGAGGAAUCUGGUGGAAUCAUAUUGCUUGUUUCCAAAAUAAAUUGAUUGAUUGUGCACUGAAAAUUGAUUGAUUGUUUUAGCAAAUUUAGAUAUGUUUAUUUGUUGUUAGAAGAAUCUUUGACUAGUUACAAGACAUAUUCCUGAUCUGUUAUUUUUUAACUUUGCAAAUAAUCUAUUUCAUUCAAACUACAGCUGUGCAACAAUGAAGCAUAUAAUCUACUGCAGUUUGAUCUACUGCAAAUUACCGAAUCAAUUGACAGCUACUCCUGGUUAUCAAUUUGAUCUUCAUUUGCAUAAACCUGGUUGGUGCUCGCACUAUUUCCUGAAAAUAGACCAUUAUUUACUGAAGAUAAACCUGGUUGACCUUCAUUUGCAUAAACCUGGUUUGUGCUCGCACUAUUUACUGAAAUAAACCAUUAUUUACUGAAGAUAAACCUGGUUGAUCUUCAUUUUCAUAAACCUGGUUGAGUAUUACAGAGCAAUUGACAUCAAUUUGAUCUGGUUAGAAUUCAGAUAG